GGGUGCCCGCCCACCCGCAGCCACGAUGGCGACUCAGAUCCCGCUCAGGCUCCGCUCCGCGCUGGCCCUGGUCACAGGUGCGGGUAGCGGCAUCGGCCGGGCGGUCAGUGUGCGCCUGGCCCGAGAGGGGGCCGCCGUGGCCGCCUGCGACCUGGACGGGGCAGCGGCACAGGAGACCGUGCGGCUGCUGGGCGGGCCGGGGAGCACGGAGAGGGUGCCCGGAGGGCACCACGCUGCCUUCCAGGCUGACGUGUCUGAGGCCAGGACCGCCAGGCGCCUGCUGGAACAAGUGCAGGCCUGCUUUUCUCGCCCGCCAUCUGUCGUUGUGUCCUGUGCGGGCAUCACCCGGGAUGAGUUUCUGCUCCACAUGUCUGAGGAUGACUGGGACAAAGUCAUAGCUGUCAACCUCAAGGGCAUCUUCCUAGUCACUCAGGCUGCAGCCCGAGCCCUGGUGUCCAGUGGUUGUCAUGGCUCCAUCAUCAACAUCAGUAGCAUCGUAGGAAAGGUGGGGAACAUGGGGCAGACAAACUAUGCCGCAUCCAAGGCUGGAGUGAUUGGGCUGACCCAGACUGCAGCCCGGGAGCUUGGACGACAUGGGAUCCGCUGUAACUGUGUCCUCCCAGGGUUCAUUGCAACACCCAUGACACAGAAAGUGCCACAGAAAGUGCUGGACAAGGUGACCAGAAUGAUCCCGAUGGGACACUUGGGGGACCCUGAGGAUGUGGCAGAUGUCGUCUCAUUCCUGGCAUCUGAAGACAGUGGAUACAUCACAGGGGCCUCAGUGGAAGUCACCGGAGGUCUUUUCAUGUAACUGCCUCAAGGACCCUGGACUCUGCUUACUCUCCCACCACUCUGCUCAGCCUCCUGCUGAUGAGGACUCUAAGUUCCCAGGCUACAAAAGGGGUGGCAGUGUAUGGCUCAGGAAUGCUGAAUAUGGGAGGCAGGGGUGCUUGUGACCCUAAUAAAUUCCAAAUCCUCUUCCCUGCCA